AGAGUAAUAAAAAGACGACUUAUCAAUCGUGAGAGUCAAAAAAGAAGAACAAAUGUAUUCGUGGCAAAUGAAGAAGGGAUAUAUAAAAGCUGAAAAAAAUAAAGAGGAGGGAGAUGACGAACUCUAUUUCCGACGAAUCAACGCUCUCGUUUCCUUCUCAUCGUAAUUCUCUUUCUCUCUUACUCUAGUGUAAGUUGACAUAAACAAUGUGAACAAGAUAAGCAAGCCCUGAUGUCAGUUAACAUAAGAACGCCUAGUAACUAGUGUUCAGUAAAUUAUACAUAGUCAGUUCGUGUUGACGUCUCGAUCUUUUUGCACUCAUCUAAUAUUAAAGCCUAUCAAUUGAAUUGCUUGUAAUAUAACAAGCCACGCGUAUGUAUUUCUACUCUUCGAACAAACAGCAAUCAAGUUCAGUACAAGAGUUAUCUAUUCACAAAACGACGGACUAAAGUAAAAGACUCAAAAUGGUCAUGGAAGCAUCAGCAAUGGUGGUGGAUUAUUUGGUGUUUAUUGCUGUAAUCGUCGCUUCAUUUGUCAUCCCACUUUGGGGAAAGUUUCGUGCAAAGAAAAAAGAAACAAAAGCAAGUUAUGUAUUUGCUACGGGAAGUGUAUCAAUGGGAGCGAUGAUGUUAUCAAUAGCCCGUGGCACGCUUGGUGUGAGAUCUUUCCUUGGAUAUCCUUCCGAACUCUAUUAUCAUGGAAGUGCAAUGUGGGAAACUCUCUACGGUAUGCUUCUGGCCUACCCGAUUGUCUGUUUCAUCUUCGUUCCUGUAUAUUACAGUCUAGGAAUUACGUCGGUUUAUCAGUAUUUAGACAUGAGGUUUAACUCCAAAUUAGUAAGAUGCUUAGCAAGUUUCUCAUAUGUUCUUCGAAGUCUCCUGAACUUGGCAGUUGUUAUUUUUACGCCAUGUGUAGCAUUAAAUACAGUAAUUGGUUUACCUUAUUGGGCUUCUAUAAUUGGAAUGACAAUGAUAUCAGUUGUUUUUUCGUCUUUGGGUGGUCUUAAGGCAGCUAUUUUGUCCGAUGUAAUUCAAGGAGUCACCAUGAUUGGCGUUUCUUUCGUUAUUAUCGUUCAAGGAGUCAUUGAUGUAGGAGGACCCGCUACAGUCUUAAACGUGACUCAAUCACGUGGAAGACUUGACUUUUUUGACUUUAACAUGGAUCCAACUCUACGUGUCACCACCAUAUCUGCUACACUUGGUCAAUUAUUUAUGAGUCUAUCAGUCUUCGGAUGCCAACAAAACUUUGUACAACGAUAUUGCAGUAUGAGUAGUCGAAACAAAGUUGUUAAGACGAUGAUGGCCAACAUGCCAAUCAUUACUAUCCUCUUCUCCCUCUCAUGGGUAGUAGGGAUGGUGAUAUUUGCAACAUACGCCGACUGUGACCCUUACACCCUAGGGUACAUCUCUAAAUUCGACGAAAUUAUAGCUUUCUAUGUAGAAGACAAACUCACAUACCUUCCUGGACUACUUGGCUUGGUAAUGGCAACCCUCUUUAACGGUGCUCUGACAAUCGCUGUCUCCAAUCUCAACUCUCUUGCCACGGUAACCUUCGAAGACUUUCUCAGCCAGAUACCAGCCCUGAGUAAUCUCAAAGACCGCCAGCAACUCCGGCUCAUCAAACUCAUCGGGGUGAUUUACGGCAUACUGAUAAUAGGUGCUAGUUUCCUCGUUGGAAUGCUUUCGGGUGUUAUAGAGUCUUCGAUGCUGAUGACUUCCGCUACUUCGGGACCUCUUUUGGGAGUUUUUGUGCUUGCAAUGCUCAUACCAUGUGCUAACUGGAAAGGAGCUGCUUCUGGAAUAAUUGUAAGUCAUUUGUUGUCCUUAUGGUUGACAUUUGGACACCUGACAGUUACCGAUGAACGCGCUGCUUUGCCUCUUUCAAUUGAUGGCUGUCAGAAUGACACUUUUUCUUCACACUUAAUGAAACCUAAUUCUAUUAUUGGAGAUCAAAGUCUAUUCACGACGACUCCGGCUCCCUUAAUCGAGAAUUCACACAAAGGAGUUCUCGAGCAAAUAUACAGUAUUACUUAUAUGUAUUAUGCUCUUAUUGGUAGCAUGACAACAAUAAUAGUUGGAACAAUUGUCAGUUUAAUUACUGCGAACGAAAAAGAAGAUGCAUAUGAAGAACAUUUACUACAUCCUAUCGCUCUUAAACUUUCCAAGUGUUUCCCGGGUAAACCACGACUCUUUGCUGAAUCGCGACGACUAGGGGAUGACAAUGAUGGUACCAAUCCUGCCUUCAAUGCAUCUAUGUCAUCUGUAGAUGAUGGAAUGACCAAACUUAGUCCUCCUACUGACCCCGAGAUAAAUGGUAAGCUCGAGCCAAAUAGUAUGGCUUACAUAAGAAAGCUUAAUGCGCUUAAAGAGGCUUCUCUUGAAGUUACCAAUGAAGUUGGCAAAGGCACGAAACUUUAAGGAAGUAUCUUAUGGAUUACACUGGAUUACUGUAGUGCUUACAGGACAGACUGACAAUCGGAUUCAAGUCCGGUUGAAGCUUGUGAUUACAAUUAAUAUUUGAGAUAGUUUUCGAAUUAUUAAUCACUUGUCAUUAUUUUCAAUUCAUUUUUGUAAAUAUCUACUGAAAGUGAUUGUUAAGCCUAGUAUUAUGUAAUAUUGACACUCAUAAUAUGUUAUAACAAAUAUCUAGCGUGAAGCAUUUUAUAACGUUUAUUAAUCUUUAUUUUGAUAUUUCAAUGUGCAAUUAUUUUCUUUUAUAUUUGACUUUCAUUAUUUAUCAGUUAAAGUUAGAGUUAGAAUUCACGUUAGACUUAUUUCUCAAGUACUGUAAAUUGUGUACGUAUUCCAUAGUGUUAGAAAAUUUGUUGAGAUAGUUUGUAGAUAAAUUGUUGAAAUAUUGUACUUCUGUUAAGAAAAAAAUCCUUAAUAGAAUUAUUUUUUUAAGAAUUAGAUAUUUUUCUUUUGAAAAAUAGUUUUUCUCCUUGUUAUAAUAACUGAUAGUUAAGUAAAUACUCAACUUCAUUGAUCUUGUUGAAGAUUGUAUACUAUAUAACCAUUUAAUAAAACAAAUUUUUAAUAGGGAUAAUUUUUAUGAGUAUGAACAAUGAUAUUGAUGAUAAUGUUGAUAAUAUAUUGCGUUGGAUGCAUGUAUGUAUGUCGGAAGGAUCGUUAGGUGUUAUAAAUAAAAGUGAUUAAUUAUCUGUAUUUGCGCUGUAAGAGAAUUUGUUCAUUCGAAUCGAAUUUAUUAUAUUUAGUUUUGUUGAGUUUUUGAAGAAUUGAUAUAUGCAAUACGUAAAUAAAUUUUUAUAUAUAUGCUUUUCACAAUAGAAGCAUAAAUAUGACCAUGUAAAAUUCACAAAUGUAAAUUUGUUUUGUUAUUUGUGCUUAAUUUUUAUUUCAAUUUUCAUUUUUUUAAUUACACGUCUUUCUUUGUACUAUAUUUUUUAUGUUAAUUAGCAUACAUAAAAUACAAAAGACAAGUGUUAUACAUGAAAUACAAAAAGUAAAACAGACGAAAGCAUGAUCAUUAUGCACAACUGGGUGAGAGGUCAUAUAACAUUUCAUCCACUUUGUGUAAUUUAUUGUGGCUGGAAUACCAAAUACACAAGUUCUUGUGGAUGUGAAUAUGCAA